AUGAACGGGAACUACUCGAUUAAUAGGAACCUAUCCAAUGGGAACCACUCGAAUCGGAAGUCCUCAAACGGGAGUCGUUCCAACAGGAACAGCUCGAAUGGGAACCUCUUAAAUGGAAACCACCCAAAUGGAAACCACCCAAAUGGAAACCACUCAAAUGAAAACAUCUCGAAUGAGAACCACUCAAAUGGGAACCACUCAAAUGGGAACCUCUCGAAUGGAUCGUUGCAUAGCUCAGCACCCCAAAUUGAUUGGAAGAAUUUAUUUCAGAUCAGAAAAAACUGGCUCGAGAAAUGUCAAGCCGAAUUGCAAGAUUCACAGUUAAAAUGCUUGCAAGUCCAAGAGCAAUGUCGAGAAUUGCGAGAAAGCUACAAGGAACUCCGGGUGGCAUGGCAAAAUUUGAGGACAGAGCUAGAAAAAGAUUGGCAACUCCGAGCGGAAACUGCAAGAGCUUAUCAAGAAUUUCAAACGGCGUACGAAGAAGAAAGAAAACAACGAGUUCCAGUUGAACAAGCACAAGAAUUGUUUCACGACAAGUUACAGAGAGGUUUGCAGUUGUUGAUAGAAACGGCACAGAAUACAGCGCGAGAUUCGAACCGUUUCAAUUUCCAUCUUGGUCGCAACCCCUCCGAACAUUCAACACAGCUCGCGAUGCCAAACCGAUCUCUGCCUUUACGAUCUACACUCAACCCAGUAGCACCUGUGUUUUCGAAGCCUCGUAAGGAUACUCGUCCUCAAUCUGCUGACUCGGCGUAUUAUUCUUCUUCAUCAAAGGAGGCGGCAAAUGGAAGUGAGCCUGAGAUGUCCAAUGGUUCAGGUACCGCGAACAGCGGCGAUGCCAAUUCACCAUCUAACCCAUCCACACUGCCGAACCCGAGUCAAAUACAGUUAGGAAUUCCACAGAUGCGACCCAAAUUUCCUCGCCGCCAUAAAUCAGACUCUUACCUGACUGACAUGCGAGCCGGCAGAGCUUCUACUCCGGAAUAA